AUGGAUCCACCAAAGAAACUAAACAUGGCUGAUGCUAAUCGAAUUCUAUACAUUGACCUUGUUGGACCAUUAGAAGGAAAAAAACGAACAAAUGUUCGAGAAGAAAUCUUUAAAUUUGUAAAAGACGGAUUGAAGUGGUAUUCGGAAAAUUCGCAAAUGGCAUUUACAUUCUAUAAGAAAGACGAUCGUGAGUAUGCUGAACUUGCAGCCGAAAUACAAAGCGACCAAAUGCAAAUCUAUUUUCAUCGUGAUGGAGAAGAUUACACAAGUCCUAAGGAGCAUGUUCGAUUCCAAAUUUUUGAACCGAUGCCGAUGGAUGUUGUAGCAGUAGAUCAAGCGGCUGAAAAUGAUAUACCAAUGGGGCUUAUGGCUGGAAUGGAAAACCUAAGGUUGAACAGAGAAGAGCCUGAUUUGCCAAUGCUACGGGCCAAUCGACUUCUAUACAUCAAUGUAGCUGAUAGUGAAAAGUAUAGUGAUGAGGAACUAUCUGUGAUUCGAGAGGCUCUCCGUGGUAUAAUAAUGGAUAUACCGUGGGAAUCAGAUCUAAAAUCAAGUCCAUAUCUAUUCUACAAAGUAAAUGAUAGUCAAACACUUGCUCAGCUCGCCGACCAAGUACAUGCUGCAAUCAACACCAUGUCAGACACUUUGGGAGAGGAAUUCAAAGGUCGCACGGUUGAUUUUGACUUCAAUAUUUUUGUACCAAUGUGCAGGGCAGAAGAGCCAGCUGUCGGAAAUGAAGGUAACGAGAGACCAGCAGUCGAAAAUAAUGGAAAUGAGCGGCCAGCGGUUGAGAACGACGGUAACGAAGAGCCAGCGGAUCAAAAUGAUGGAGACGAUGGACCACCGGUCGAAGAGGAAGGAAAAGAGGAGCCAACGUACAGAGAUGUCAAACCAGAAGGGCUAAUCAUGAAGGAUGUUAAAAAAGAGGAGCUUACAGACAGUGAUACCGAAACAAAGGAGCCAACGACCAGUGGUGCCAUAACAAACUUUGCUGAUGAAAUCGAUAAGCCAGAGAUCAAGCCAAAGCAAGAACUGAACGAUGAAGAAGCUCAAAAGUAG